AUGGGUUCGUCCACCGUUCGUUCGUCCUCGGCUCAGAAGCAAAAAAGACCGCGAGGUGAAAACUGGGACCAGACGGAGAAGUUAAGGCUCUUGGAUCUGAUUCUACCUUACGUUGCUGUCAUCGAGGACAAGUCGAACGACCACGAAGUCAACGUACAAAAAAAAAAAAAAAGGGCCUGGCAAGUAAUUGAUUCAAACUUCAGAGCGGAGUCGGCAACGAAAGUUCGCGACCUCGAUCGUAUCAAAGAGCAAUGGAGACGCAUGAAGCUGACAGCAAAAAAGAAUUGGCGGGAUUACUCCAAAGAACUCUCGAGGACGGGAGGUGGUGCACCACCGAAGGAGCCAUCCGCCGUGGACACCGCGAUAAAAGACGCUCUCCCUCACGAAUUUGUUAGAGACACGAGUGCUUACGACGACGACGUGGAAAUGGACGGAGAAACAACGACCGCACCAGAGCAACGUUUCGACUGCGUCCAAGAAGAUUGUGUAUUGGUGGAAGAGGCCACACUGGAGCACGUACCUACACCAGUGGAGUUGCUGCUAAGCACCCAAGUGCCUGCGCCGGAACACCUUGAUGAACCGGAAGAGGUGCUGCUGAACACCCGACCAUCCAACCUUCAUUUACCUCCUGCUGGAUCCUUGACUGUAAGAAGGAACAACGGUACUGCCACUACAAUGCAGCGACGUGCUGGGAUCAGGCAUCACAGAAGGCAGCCAGGUCUCCGUGGCAGUGCAACAAAGCGUACCGAGCUCGUAGCUGACUGCUAUAAUGAAAAAUUACAGCAGCAGAUGCAGUUCGACCAGCAACAACACGAUCUUCAAAUGAAGAUUUUACAGCAACAAUUCAAGAGGGAGGUCCAGCAGCAACAAUUCCUGGAAGAGCAAAACAAGCUUCAGCUGAGUGUGCUUAGCGUACAGUUAAAAUACUGGCAGCGAAAAAAUCAGACAAUGCUAGCACAGGACUAA